AUGCUCGCCCGCACCCUCCGCGUCGCGGGCGUAAGUCCCGGCUCCGCCGCCGCCGCCGCCGCCGCCGCCGCACGCGCUCAUCAACAACAGCAGCUCCGAACAGCAUGCUCCUCCUCCUCCUCCGCCGGCCCCGAAACCCUCCCCUCGAGCCCCAUCCGCGUCUUCCGCUCCGUCUCGGCCCUCCGCACCUGGCGUCGUCCGCACGUCGUGAACUACCGCUCCGUCGGCCUCGUCCCGACGAUGGGCGCCCUGCACGAGGGCCACCUCUCGCUUAUCCGCGCCGCCGCCCGCGAGAACCACCACGUCGUCGUCUCCCUCUACGUCAACCCGGCCCAGUUCGGCGCCUCCGAGGAUCUGGCCUCGUACCCCGUCACCUGGGCUCGCGACGCCGACGUCCUGCGCGACCUCGACCGCGAGCUGGCGGACGACGGCGCCAACCUCGGCCGCGUCAGCGCCGUCUUCGCGCCCACCACGGCCGAGAUGUACCCCUCGGGCUUCCCCGGCCAGGAGGUCGGCAGCAAGGGCAGCUUCGUGACCAUCACUCCUGUCGGCGAGGUCCUCGAGGGCGCCAGCCGGCCGACCUUCUUCCGCGGCGUCGCAACGGUGUGCAUGAAGCUGUUCAACAUCGUCCAGCCCGAACGCGUCUACUUCGGCCAGAAGGACGUCCAGCAGACCGUCAUCAUCCGCCGCAUGGUCGAGGACUUCAUGCUGCCGAUGGAGGUCGUCGUCGGGGACACGAUGCGCGAGGCGGACGGCCUCGCGUUAAGCUCGCGCAACGUGUACCUCGGCGAGCGGAGGCGCAAGGUCGCGACGGUGCUGAGCCGCGCUCUCAGGGCGGCCGAGGAAAAAUACCGGCAGGGCGCGCUCGACCGCGAGGCGAUCCUUGGCGCCGCGAACCAGGUCGCCGUCGCCGUAUUGUCGGAGCAGUCGAAGCUGGCGCCCAAGGACAGGGUCAUGUUCGAGGUAGACUACAUCUCGCUGGCGGACCCGGACUCCAUGCAGGAGAUCAACACGGUCGUGCCGACAAAGGGCGGGAUCCUCAGCGGCGCGGUCAAGAUGCUGCCGGUGGAGGAGCCGCAGCCGGGCGAGGACCUUGGCCACAGCAACGGACCGGCAGUGCGACUUAUCGACAACAUCAUUCUCAAGCCCGACCAAACACACAGUAAAUAA